AUGAAGCAAGACGAGGUUGAUGGAGAUGAUUAUGAUGCUGACAACAUCAACUCUGAAAAAGAAAGCAGAGAAAAAUCGGCAAAGAGUCUGGUGGUCGAAUUGGUUAAGACGGGAGAUCUUUUCCUCAACAAAACAGUUUUGAAAGCGAGGUUUGAGUUAUGUGCAAUGAAGCAUAACUUUCACUACACAGUUACCAACUCCAAUAAAUCAGUUUGGUGUAUUAGAUGUGCUGAUAAGGUGUGCUUUUGGGGUGCUCGAGCAGAGUGUUUGAAAGGCUCCACAUAUUUUAUUAUUAAGAAGUAUGUCGGUGUACAUUCCUGCGCACCUUCAAGCAAAACCAGUGCCGGAAAGACAGCUUCAGCGAAAACGAUAGGCGGUCUGAUCAUGCAUAAAUAUGAAGGUAUCAAGGAAGGGCCUAAAGCGAAAGAUAUUGUUCAGAUUAUGCGUAGUGAUUAUGGAUGUGAGAUCUCUGAUUCUUUAGCAUGGGAUUCCCGUGAAUAUGCAGUCAACGCUGUUAGAGGUAUUCCAGAGGAAAGUUAUGGGAAAAUACCAAAAUACUUGCACAUGCUGCGAGAGGCCAAUCCGGUGUUUGGUCAAUCGAUCAGAGGCUUUAGCAAAGUCAUGAGGCGUGUCAUUGUUGUCGAUGGAACAUUCUUGAAGAGUAAAUUCAAAGGGGUGCUACUGGUUGCAACUGCUAUAGAUGGAAAUUCAAAUUUAUAUCCUAUUGCAUUUGGGAUAGUAGAUUCUGAGAAUGAACAGUCUUGGGAAUGGUUUAUGAGACAAUUAAAAGUUGUUGUUGCUGAUGAUAAUGGUUUGGCUUUUAUUUCGGAUAGACAAGUGUCAAUAAGCGAAGGCACUGGAGAAAGUGUAUCCGCUAUCGAGAUAUGUACAGCAAUUGGAAAUUAUCUUAUGGAAGCGGAUGUCAAAAAGUGGGCUAGAUGUCAAUUUCAUGGAUACAUGUAUGACACUAGGACAAACAAUCAUGCAGAGUCGAUAAAUUAUGUGUUACGUUCGCCGAGAGAGUUUCCCGUAAUUCCUUUGUUGGACAGUAUUAGAGAAAUGCUGACACGCUGGUUUUUUAAGCGUAAGAAGUUGAUUUCAAAGCACACCCAUCGUUUGACCAUAGAUGUGGAGGAAAAGAUCGAUAGGAGAAUCGAAAAGGAGAAAACUUUCGGAGUUUACCCUGUAACCGAUAGCCAACUGCUUGUUAAAGGCGAUACAAUUGACUGCUUUGUUGAUUUGGACAAACAGACUUGUUCUUGUGGGAAGUACGACCUCUUGAAGAUCCCUUGUAGACAUGCAAUAAAAGCCGGUUUCUUUGUUGGUAGAGAACCAUAUACAUUGACUGAUUUUUUGUAUACCACGGGAGCUUGGAGAGAAGCUUAUCAAGAAAGCAUAAAUCCCAUUUCAGUUCACGAAGAUGAAUGGUCCGUCCCACAAGUUGUGGAAAAUUCUGAAGUGCUACCUUCUGAGACAAGAAGAUCUCUUGGAAGAAAUAGAAAACGCAGAUAUGAAACUGUUGAAGACAAAAUCCGAUCAUCACAAGGAUCACAGGGGGGUCAGCUUCGCAAGUGCAGUAGAUGCGGUUUUGGUGGUAAUAAUAGAGCAACUUGCAAGAUGCCAAUAUAG